CGAAUCAUGACGUUGAGUUAUUCUAACAAAUCGUAUAGAUCCCAGUGGAUCCCAUUAGGUAACUCUUACCUUCCCUUUGAUUUGUCUCGCCAUACUCUGCUUCCUGGUUCUAUCGCUUACGCCGCCUUCGCACGGCUGUUUAGUUGUCUUCGACUCUCAAACUCUGAUCAUCGAGAAUGACGGCUUCCACCUUCCAUACUUUCUCAGUCUCUGCCCAGUCGCCCAAUUUACUCUCUUGCUUGCCUGUUCCACUAUUCCACUUCCACGUUGACCUACUACUUGCUGAUCUGUACCUCUACUUAUUCUACUUCUCCGCCUCCCCUCAACUACCAAGUUCGAUGCAACUCCCCCACCUAGCUCUGUGACGAUCUUGGUCUAUUUAUUCAAGCUCAAAUUUUUCUUUUUAUACUCAAUUCAUCUGCUCUCAGGUCGCUAAAUCGCCUGAAAAGUUUCCAUUUUGAAGAGUUGUUUCAGUAAUUUCAUGGCUUUUGAUGCGAUGACCGAGCCACCGAUGGUAACCAGCGAAGAUACGUCGUCGCCGCCGCAGCCGAGAGUGGAAGGGUGGGCGAAGCGGAAGCGGUCGAAGCGUCACCGUUACUUCGAUCACCAGCCGACGGAAGAGGAGUACCUUGCUCUCUGCCUACUCAUGCUUGCGCGCGGCGGUGCUGACCAACGUCUCCCGCCGCUUCCGUUUACACCGCCGGCGGAGGGUCUUUCAUACAAGUGUUCUGUCUGUGGCAAGGCCUUCGCCUCCUACCAGGCCCUCGGCGGCCACAAAGCGAGCCACCGCAAGCACCCAGGCGGUGCAGUCGAUGACGCGGCCUCCUCUGCCUCCGGUUCAUCGGCCGUUAUUGCUUCUGCAGGUGGAAAAGUUCAUCGGUGCUCUAUUUGUCAGAAGGAGUUUUCGACUGGGCAGGCGCUGGGCGGGCACAAACGGUGCCACUACGACGGAAGUGGGGCAGCUGCCGCGGCAGCUGCGGCGGCGGCUUCGUCGUCUUCUGAGGUGGCGAGCUCGGGACAGAGGGAAUUCGAUUUGAAUAUUCCAGCAGCGGCGGAAUUCGUGUUUGAAGGCAGCUGGAGAUGCGUGGGGACGGAGGACGGGGAGGUGCAGAGUCCUCUAGCGCUGAAGAAGCCGCGAUUUCUUAUCCCGGCUUGAGAAUCUAUUAUCUUUUGUUCCAUUUUUGUUGCCUAGUUAGCUGCUGACAGCUCUCUGCUUUGGUUGAUUUCGUUCUUGUAUAAAGAGAAUGGUUGGAUUCUUUGUAGCUUAGACUUGAGACUUGUUGUUGUUAAA